GUAAAAGGGUCUCUCUUUUUUUUUGUGAUCAGACUACUUGCCUGAUUUGCCUACCCCGUUUAGAUUUCCAUGAGGGAGAAUCUAAAGUUUUGGUUUUUAGUUUCCUACAAUUAUUACCACCGUUGGAGUUGAUGCUGCGGUCUAGUAAAGUAUGGCGUAAUAUGGGCCAGUACGGCGGGGCGGCGGGUUCGUGGUUUGGCAAUAGCAAGUACAAUAUGCACUGGACGAGCUUCGCUAAACCUUUCCUUAUUUGCGUCUUCGGCAUUGGCUGUAUUAACUGGAUUAUGCGGGGUAAUUUUAUGGGGUAUUGUGAUAAUCAAACCCAAAUUGAGAUUCCUGUUAGAUCGCGUACCUUUCCACCACCAUUCUCUCAUGGGUUUGUUUCCGCCACUGAUUUGGAAAAAUAGGGCAUUUAUUAUUCUUCUUCCAAAAGGCUUUUGUGUGGUACUCCUUGAUUUCUUCUUAUCUCUUAAUAUUUAUCCGUUAAAAAAGGCCAAGUAUUUAGAAUACUUUGGGUAUUCCAUACCACUUCCCCGAUAUAUUUUGAACUGAACC